CGGAGCGCGGGACCCAGAGCCCGGCCCGGGGACGUGGCAGCCGCCUCUCCCGGCAGAAAGUUUCCCAGGAGUUGGCCGCGCGCGGUGCGGGGGCGGGGGUGGGGGCCGCCCGCCCGGGGAACCAUGAACGUGUUCCGGAUCCUCGGCGACCUGAGCCACCUCCUGGCCAUGAUCUUGCUCCUGGGGAAGAUCUGGAGGUCCAAGUGCUGCUCCGGUGAGGGUCGCCCGGGCGGAGGCAUCUCUGGGAAGAGCCAGAUCCUUUUUGCUCUCGUCUUCACCACCAGGUACCUGGACCUGUUCACCAACUUCAUCUCCGUCUACAACACAGUGAUGAAGGUGGUUUUUCUCCUCUGUGCCUACGUCACAGUGUACAUGAUCUAUGGGAAAUUUCGGAAAACAUUUGACAGUGAGAAUGACACGUUCCGCCUGGAAUUUCUUCUGGUCCCUGUCAUUGGUCUCUCCUUCCUUGAGAACUACAGUUUCACUCCCUUGGAGAUCCUCUGGACUUUCUCGAUCUACCUGGAAUCCGUGGCCAUCCUGCCCCAGCUUUUCAUGAUCAGUAAAACCGGAGAGGCUGAGACCAUCACUACUCACUACCUGUUCUUUCUCGGGCUGUACCGGGCACUCUACCUGGCUAACUGGAUCAGGCGGUACCAGACUGAGAACUUCUACGACCAAAUUGCAGUGGUGUCUGGAGUAGUACAAACCAUCUUCUACUGUGACUUCUUCUACUUGUAUGUGACCAAAGUCCUUAAAGGAAAGAAGUUAAGUCUUCCAAUGCCAAUUUGAGGGCCCCACAGAUGGUCCUACGCCUUCACGAGGACACAAUAAACUCUUUGAAAUAGUCUCCUGGACGACUUCUACAGGACUCAGGCCUAAUGUCAGUCAGAAAAAUGCUUAGUGGGGAUAUCUCAGCAGAGCACUGAUCUACGUAGAAGACGUUCUCACCAAUCUCUCCCUUAAAUUAUAGCUGCAGUGAGAAACCCAGGCCAAUUAUACGAGCAUGGUGCCUGUCAGCUGGACAUCAAGAAAUCUUAGGUGCUUAACCCAUAUACGGGUGAAAUAACCUUGCUCUCUAUGGCCCUAGUGUGAGCCUCCCACUAAGGAACAGUCAGUCCCACCUGGAAAGAUGUCUCUCUGUGUAGAAUACAAAUGCCCCCAAAGACCAGACUUCAAGAAACGCAGGCUGCUGUGGCAAUUUUCACUUCCCAGACAGGAGACCAAGUUUAGGCAGGGAUACAAAGCUGAUGGUCUCACAGGGAUGAAGUGUCGUUACUUCACUUCUAACCCGCCUCCAAAAGCCAGACAAAAGCCAAAUAGAUCAGCUUCGGCCAGACUUCAGUAGUUGUGUGCCUCAGCUCUAAAAUGGCCUUGCGUCUUGCCACGGCUACGGCAGCUCCACACGGAGUACUUAAAUCCAAGCAAUAACCUAGGUGGGUACUGCUACCAUGAGGACCAUUCUAUCAGUGAGGAAACCAAUGCUGAAGCCUUAACCUACUAGGUGUCCUGCCUCGUUGCUUUGGGAUUCAAAUCUUCCCGGUAAGACCCAUCAACCCCACCUCCCUUCCACGUUUUUAGGUGCUAAGGUUACUACUCAACCCAACACGCCCCAAACUGGGUCUUGAAGCGAAUAAAAACUGUAAGGCAACUACCGCUGUCCUGUGGUCAGAGAAGUUUUAAGCAAUAAAAAGCUCACACCUUA